CUUCAAGUUUCAAGUUCAACAUGACUGAAUUUAAGUGGCAAUUAAUUUUCCUGGCUUUUCUAUUCUUUAACCAAAGGAAUAUUGAAGCAAGAACGGACUGCAAGAGAAAUCAAGACCAUGCAUUUCCCAAACAGUUUCCAUAUCAAGUAUAUAUUGAUAUAUUCAAAGAUUAUAAUCUUAAAAAGAUACCAUCUUGUGCUGGAGUUAUAAUUUCAAACAGACGUAUCCUUACAACAGCUCGAUGUAUACCCAAAAAUUUGGAUUUUAUUACAAUUUAUUUAGGAGCUGUGGAUAUCAAGAAUGAAAUGGAAAUGGGAAAACAGCUUUUAUACGUAAGAGAAAAGAAUAUUGUGGUACAUCCAGAGUGGGAUCCAGAUCAAAAUAUCAAUAAUAUAGCUCUGAUCAAACUACCAGCCGAUCUGCAAUUCGAUGAGUAUGUUCAACCUAUCCAGUUGCCUGAUCCAGACAAAUCUUAUGACUACGAUAUUGGUGUAUUUUCUGCUUAUGGUUCUUCGAACGAUCAACUUAUGUACUCUAAUGUAACCAUUUUAUCAAAUGAAGAGUGCAAGACUAUAGAGCUGAAGAAUAAUCCUGGAGGAUUCUUCCCAUCUUCGUGGAUUUGUCUGAAGUCCAUUGGAUGUGGCAAAUGCAGUGGGGACUCUGGUGGUCCAUUAGCCAUAAGGCAUGAGGAUGGUAACAGCAUUUUACUGGGCCUUAAAUCAGCUGUCUCGGAUGAUAGUUGCUCGGUUAAUGAACCUCGCUUUUUAACCCGAAUUUCAUCCUAUUUACAGUGGAUUAACGAAAACUAAUAAAUAAAAUAAAAUAAUCAAAUAAUGAACAUGAAAA